AUGACGACAGACAUCACGGCAUGGAUAAGCAGACCAGCGUCACAGAUCCAAUCUGGAACAGCACAGGACAAAGGCAGGAGAUCUUGCAGGCUUCCGAGAGCUGCACUGACUUCUGUGGCACUGGCCGCGGCAUCGGCCCUGGCCAUGGUAGAUCUUGGACAGCCAGCUAGCUCGCACAUUACCUUCUGCUUCGCCUUGAAGGCCGAGAAACGAACCAUAGCCACAGCCAUAGCUAUACUUGCUGCUACGUCCAACACAUUCCUCCGGAUUCGAAAGCCGGGAAUCGCCAUGCUGUGCCAGCUGUACCGCGCCGCGCGGAUCGGAGCAUGCCCUGCUCAGCCUGCGGGUCAUCUGACCGGUGCGAAUGGAUCUUGGCCUUGGCUACUCUUUACCGCGACAGCGGAGCUCGAUGGUGCGUGUUGGCGCGACGGCUCGCGCGAGUCUCACUGGGAAUACCUUUCGAUAGCAGUCUCCCCAGCUCCACGUCCUCCCACCUCAGCAUUUCAUAUCCACUACGCCACAAUGUCGCUUCGCACAGUCAACACACAGCAACUCACCAACAUUGGCGCGGGGAGCGUUCCAUGCAUGGAGACGGGAUGGCCUGGAGCGACCUAUGGACAAAGCGGGGUACGAGCGAACGAGACGCUCCAGAUCGUCUUCAAAGGCACGCCGCCGUUCUUCCUCACAAACACUAUCUGUGAGAACCAAUAUCAGAGGGCCAAUUGUUGGUGCGGUGUAGCCAACCUCAACCUGACUGGUAACGCCUACAAUUGGACCGUCUCGACCUUUCCAAACACUGCGAACGGUAACUCUCAGCCGUCCGAGCUCUUUGCUCAGGGGCUGGGUCAUUCACUGGUGUGGACCGCCAUCCAACGCAAUAGUACCGGGGGAUUGAGUUCGGCCUUUUCAUAUAGCCCCAACUUCACCCUAUCCAGCACGUCAUACGAUACGUCGGAUGCAUCCCCCACGACGGGCAAGCCGGCUAUCGGAGUGACGGGCUUGAGUGUUCUGAUGUUGGCCGUUUUGGGCGUGAUGGGCGGUCUUUGA